AUGCCAGGAGUUUACGAAAAACAAUGUCGAGGUCCGAGAUAUGAUCAUAUGGUAACUGUAGCUGAAUGCUGCAAUUCUUUUAUGAAAAACAAGCAAUGGAAAGAAGCAUUCAAUGUAGUAAGUCAACCUUUGUUGACUUUAUGCAAUGAUUUUGAGCUAAUAGAAGAAUUUUUUUAUAGUGGUAUAUUUGAAUGCUGUUGUGAGUUAUUGACAGUAAGAGGUUUGAUGAGCAAAGGUACUGAUGAUGAACAAGAUUUAGGAUCUUUAAAUUUAAUAAUAGAACAAUUUUCUUUACUAUCAUCUUUGCAGAUUCAGUCAUAUGAUGAGGAAAUUGGGGAGAUAUCAAUGCUUAUUUAUUUUCUUACAGAAAGACAUAGGUAUUACAUUGAUAUACAUUGGAAAUCUCAUGAAUUAACUUAUAUGGGCUUAUUUCUUAAAUCUCACUUUACAUACUUGAUAUCUAUCAUAGAAGACAAAUCUAAAAAUUUUUCAGAAUCUCCUUCCUUACUGUUAAUAACUUUGAAAAAUAUUGAUAUUGCUAUUCGAGGAUUUCCACCUCAUAGAAUAACGCCUAACACACUGGAAGUUUUGAUUGAUCAAUCUACUUGGGACACUCUUAGCUUUUCAGUUAAUCAUAUGAUAUCUAGUAUUUUUGAAAUAUCUGCAAAAAUGCUAGAUAUAAAAGAGGGGAAUUAUGAGGUUUUAAAAGUAUAUAUACAAUGUUUAAAUGUUUUAUAUAGAAUAAUUUCUUUUAUUCCAAUUAUUGGAACAAGUCCAGCACUUCAAUAUCAUAUUGUUCCUUCAAUUUAUCAUAUUGGAAUACAAAAACUACUUUUGUCUCAGUAUGGAGGAUCAGUAAUCACUCGCUGCCCAUGUUCAAACUGUGAAAGAUAUAGAAAAAUACAAAAAUUAUGUAGAACUAAAGAAGAUAUGAUGAUAGUAAAAUCUAUUCCAUUGAUUCAGAGGCUUGUUCCCACUUUUAACGAAAACAAUGGUUUAAAUAUUUUAUGCAAAGCUUUAAAUUGUAUUCAAGGUACAAUAUCUUCAGAUAAUUUCUUAUUAAAAGAUAAACAGACAUCUUUUGUACUGUCAGAGAUGUCUAAUGUGCAAAUUUUCAUUAAUAUGCUCAUGUUUACAAGCUGGCAAAUCACAUUUGAUAAAUUAAAAUUAAUAAUUGCACAGUUGAUGCAGAUGAUUCCACGUUCAACCAAAACUUUAGAAUCAAACAACUCAAACAAUUCUUGUUUUGUUAAGAGAGUUAUAACAGGCAGUUCGGAAAAUUCAAUUAAUGAGAGCUCUUUGAAUAUUCUAAAAUGCAAUGAUAGAGAGUAUCUUUGCAUUAAUAAUAAUCUGAUAUCAACAGAUAAAUCAAAUGAUAAAAGUGAUACUAAAGAAUUUACAGUAUACAAUGGAGAUGAGAGAGAUGAAAAUUCAAUUAGAUUUUUGCAAAGUGAGCAAAGUAGAUGUUGCGAAACAUCAUCAAAGAAUAAUGAAGUGUCACUAGCUGAAAGCCCUAAAAAUUCUACUAAAUUUGACAAGGAAUUUAUAGAAAUACUAACUUGUACAGAUGAUACGAAAUAUAUUAUAAAUGGUAUUACUUCAAUUCUUUUACAACAGGUAAACUUUCCAAUAUAUAGUAAUGGAAAUGAUAUAAAAGUAAUACAGAAUAUACUAGAGUUAAUCUGUCCAACUUAUGAAUUAAUAUUAAGAAAAUUACUUAUAAAUUGGAAUACAAUAACUGAAGAAAUUGAUAAUUUAUCACUAUCUACAGAUUCAAUUACAAAAUUACUGGAAGAAUUGAAACUUAUACUUUCACUAUCAAUUCCUUUAUACUUAAGACAUAUUAUGCAAAAAAAUAUAAGUACUACAAGUGAUUCUAAAUCUAAAAAUAUAAAAAAAUCUAUAACACUAUAUGAGGCUAUAGAGAGUGCACUGAGUCAGUUUCUCAAUUUCUUCAAUGAUCUAUUUAAGCGGAGUUGUCAAGCUGUGCUUACAAAUAUGGCAAAUGGUGUUGAAGUGUCUGAGUAUGAACUUGAAAAUUUAUAUAAUAUAGGUAUUCAACUAAUUGGUUGUUUUGCAAUAAUAACAGAUGUUCCUUCUUAUAAUUGGACUACUGUUACUCGCCGUAGAUUUAUAGCAUCACCAUAUUACGAAAUUUGUGGUUGGAUGGGAUCUGAACAACAUAAGUUAAAUGACUUUUGGGCUAAAAUAUUCUCUAAAGAUCGUUGUGUUUUUUUUAAAGAAGUUUCUCAAAUAAUUCAGCUUAGGGCUGAAAGAGCAGCUGCUAUUAGUUCUAUUCAACAUGUAGAUUUUAGCUUAAAGGAAUGGAACAAGAUAAGUAAUUUUGAUGCAGAGACAGAUGAUGAAUUUGAAAGUUCAAUAGAUACACAACUAGACAUGUUAGAAAUUGAAUAA